CGGGGCGGCCCCCCCACGUCGGGGCGGCGGCAGCGGCGGCGGCGGGAGCGCGUCCCGUCCGGGCCCCGAGGAGCCGGCCGCCCCGCCGCCGCCGCCGCCGCCGGCCGCCAACAUGGCGGACCUGGAGGCCGUGCUGGCCGAUGUGAGCUACCUGAUGGCGAUGGAGAAGAGCAAGGCGACGCCGGCCGCCCGCGCCAGCAAGAGGAUCGUCCUGCCCGAGCCCAGUAUCCGGAGCGUGAUGCAGAAGUAUCUCGAGGAGAGGAACGAGAUAACCUUCGACAAGAUUUUCAACCAGAAAAUCGGUUUCUUGCUAUUUAAAGAUUUUUGUUUGAAUGAAAUUAAUGAAGCUGUACCUCAGGUGAAGUUUUAUGAAGAGAUAAAAGAAUACGAGAAGCUCGAGAACGAGGAAGAUCGCCUCAGCAGGAGUAGACAGAUUUACGACACCUACAUCAUGAAGGAGCUGCUGUCGUGUUCGCACCCAUUCUCGAAGCAAGCCGUGGACCACGUGCAGUACCGUCUGUCUAAGAAGCAGGUGACGCCCGCGCUCUUCCAGCCAUACAUCGAAGAAAUCUGUGACAGUCUUCGAGGCAACAUUUUCCAAAAAUUUAUGGAAAGCGACAAGUUCACGCGGUUUUGUCAGUGGAAAAACGUAGAGCUAAAUAUCCACUUGACCAUGAAUGAUUUCAGCGUACAUCGGAUCAUCGGGCGAGGCGGCUUCGGAGAAGUCUAUGGCUGCCGGAAGGCGGACACUGGGAAAAUGUAUGCGAUGAAAUGCCUGGAUAAGAAGAGGAUCAAAAUGAAACAAGGAGAAACGUUAGCCUUAAAUGAAAGGAUUAUGUUGUCGCUUGUGAGUACAGGGGAUUGUCCUUUCAUCGUCUGUAUGACCUACGCCUUCCAUACUCCGGACAAACUCUGCUUCAUCUUGGACCUGAUGAACGGGGGCGAUCUGCACUACCACCUGUCCCAGCACGGGGUGUUCUCCGAGAAGGAGAUGCGCUUCUACGCCACCGAGAUCAUCCUGGGGCUGGAACACAUGCACCACCGCUUUGUGGUGUACCGGGACCUGAAGCCCGCAAAUAUCCUCCUGGAUGAGUACGGACACGUCCGGAUAUCAGACCUCGGCCUGGCCUGUGAUUUCUCCAAAAAGAAGCCGCACGCCAGCGUGGGCACGCACGGGUACAUGGCCCCCGAGGUGCUGCAGAAGGGGACGGCCUACGACAGCAGCGCCGACUGGUUCUCGCUGGGCUGCAUGCUCUUCAAGCUUCUCAGGGGCCACAGCCCCUUCAGGCAGCACAAAACCAAAGAUAAGCACGAAAUAGACCGGAUGACCCUCACCGCGGACGUGGAGCUUCCCGACACCUUCUCCCCGGAGCUGAGGGCCCUGCUGGAGGGCUUGCUGCAGCGGGAAGUCAGCUACCGGCUGGGCUGUCACGGCCGCGGGUCGCAGGAGGUGAAGGAGCACAGCUUCUUCAGGGGCAUCGACUGGCAGCAGGUCCACUUACAGAAGUACCCGCCGCCCAUGAUCCCGCCCCGCGGAGAGGUGAACGCGGCCGACGCCUUCGACAUCGGCUCCUUCGACGAGGAGGACACCAAAGGCAUCAAGCUCCUGGACUGCGACCAGGAGCUCUACAAGAACUUCCCGCUGGUCAUCUCGGAGCGCUGGCAGCAGGAGGUGGUGGAGACCAUCUACGACACGGUGAACGCGGACACGGACAAGGCCGAGGCCCGGAAGAGGGCCAAGAAUAAGCAGCUGGGCCACGAGGAAGAUUACGCUCUGGGGAAGGACUGCAUCAUGCACGGGUACAUGCUGAAGCUGGGGAACCCGUUCCUGACUCAGUGGCAGCGGCGCUAUUUUUACCUCUUUCCCAACAGACUCGAGUGGAGAGGAGAGGGGGAGUCCCGGGGCUCCCGGAGUAUUUAUCCAAAAAAACAUAAAAUGCAAAACUUACUGACCAUGGAGCAGAUUGUGUCUGUGGAAGAAACGCUGUUUAAAGACAAGAAGUGCAUUUUGUUGAGGAUAAAAGGCGGGAAGCAGUUUGUCUUGCAGUGUGAGAGUGACCCCGAGUUUGUGCAGUGGAAGAAGGAGCUGACGGAGACAUUCACCGAGGCCCAGCGGCUGCUGCGGCGGGCGCCCAAGUUCCUCAACAAGACCCGAGGGGGCGUCCUCGAGCUCUCCAAGCCGCCCCUCUGCCACCGGAGCAGCAACGGCCUCUGACCGCGCGAGGGACGCCUGUGACCGCCGGGACGAGGGUCCCGGGCAAGACGGCGCCUGGGGGACGUCCCCACGGGAGUUCCCGGCCCCGGACGCGGAGCCUUUCGGAGGAGGCGGCGGUGGCGGUGGCUCGGAGGAUGGAUUCGCCGUCCCGGUUCUCGCCCCGCAGGGAAGACCCAGGCCGCACGGGGGGGACGCGCCUGCUCGGGGUCGUGCCCAUUCUCGGGGCCCGGGCGGCCUCCCUCCAGUCCUGGGGGGCGGGGGCCCCCCCGCCCGCCCGCCGGCCUCAUGUGUGAAACUACUGAGGAAAAGGACAGUUUUCUGGGCCACACUCUCACGUUGGUACCCAAGGUCCUAGACCUGGAGACUGAUCACGACUCAUCCGUUUUCACGUCCGAUGAUAUCAAACAAAUCCUGGGACUUGCCCGGGUUGUGUGUGACCGUCUGCAGGGUGGCUGACAGGUCACCCCCCGGGGGUUGCCAUCGUUUACCCAGAAGCAGUCGCUGCGGGUUUUUUUUACGACGUGGCGGCUCCCGGCUGCUGCCGGUGGGAGGCCAGCUGGGUGGUUCUUCUGUGCAUCUCAGGCCCGGGGUUCUGAGCCGUCCUAGGGUGGAAAGCUAAAGAUGCUUCCUGGGACGGCUGUGCGUGGGCCCUCACCGUGCACCUGCACCCCCACGAGCAGGUCUGCCCCCCAAGAGGGAGCGCUUGGCGGCCCCCGAGGACACGGAGCCCGUGGGAACUGCCCGCGCUCGGCCGCUGGAGGCGUUGACAGCGAUUCCGCAGGCGAGGCGGGCGCGGGGUCUUGAACUUCAGGGUAACAAUGACCUUCAGGAACCUUCGCGUCGACGAGCCACACGUUCGCGUGUGUCCGGGUGCACAGGGACGUCUGGGGGCGGGUCCGUUGGGUUCCGACAGCCCCCCGUGGCGUGACGCGGGCAGUCUGGUUCCUCCCGCUGGACCUCAGAGAACAUACCAGCCGUGGAGGCGUGAAGGAAGGAAACCGCUGAACCUUUGGGUGUAAUUUCAAUGAAUUGCGUUGGAGAAAAGAAGGAAUGUCUGUCCCCGUGGGUUCCUUGUGUAUGCCUACCCAUGUUGUCAUCCGCGAGUGACCCUGUGCCCUGGGUGGGAGCGUCCUGUGAACCGGACGUUAGAGCGUACAGACGGUCCACCCGAUCCCAGCGGCAUCUUUUCCCCGUGGUUUUAUUUCCUUCUGGCAAGUUCCAGGCCCUUCUCACGCCCCUCGGUCAACGCUGGGCUGUGAGGACCAGCGUGUCUUGCCAGCAAAGCCCUCUGCGUCAUCCGACUAAAAAUAAUAACAGCAGUUUUAAAAAGUCCA